AUGUCAAAUUUCAUUCCAAAUGUUUUGAAGCAACGCUUGACGGUAGAUUUUAUGGAGAAGAGGAUCAUCCCCGAAAAGAAGCUUGCAGUCAGGUAUGAUCGCAGACGAGACUCUUAUGUGCAUGAUUCAAGAGCAGUGAACAGUCCAGAACUUGAGGAAUUCUUCAAAAGCAAUGAAGAGGUUCAACUUUGGAAGCAGAUUGAAGACGAUACUAAGGAUUGGCUUGAAGAGGUUCAUAAUCUCAGUCAAAGCGAAAAAAAGGAGUUCAUUGUAGCGGACGCAAAUUUUCAGGCAGUGAUUGAUACAGUGAAGAAAGUACAGGACGAGUACUAUAGUAAAGAUACCAUGACGGCACAUAUGAGGGACUGCUUUCGAAAAAUUAGUGGCAAAGCCGAGCGUGUGCAGCCCUGGCUCGAACUACUCCCUGACGGAGCAUACAAAACACUAUGCGGAGGCCUUAAAUUAGUUGUGGAAGUAAUGAAGAGCCACACAAAAAUCCGAGAACUUAUUCUCGAUCUCAUUGCGGAACUACCAGAUAUCGCAAGCCAUGCUCAAAAUUACAUCGACAUUUACGGUAAGAACGUGAAUGGAGCGGUGACGAUGGUUUUUCUGAGGAUCUUAUCUGUCCUUAAGGAGGUUGUGAGAUGGUACCGGGAGAAGAAGUGGAAACGAUUCGGACAGGCAGCUUUCCAUGGUUCACAAUUUGGCAAGAGCAUCGUCGAUGGCAUAAAUGACCUCCGGAAAGCAACUGCGCAUUUGGAGGCUGUGACACAGCAGUGUUUGCAUCGCUCGGUGAAGCAAGGCCUUAAGAACGGUGAAGAGGCCGCUGUCAACUUAGCUCAGCGCAUGGAUGAACUCUUGCAAACAUGCAUGGAACAACGCAAAUAUACUCAGCAGUUCAACGAAAUCAUUUACGAGUGUUUUAAGUCAAUUUGCACGAACAUGUCCAGCUUGAGAGAAUUCGUAAAUUUGUCCACACAACCAAAUCUACCCGAGAGAUACUCGACGACACUAUUAUCCGCAACCGAAGGCUAUUCCCUGGACCAGCUAUAUGAAACAAUAAGUCUUAAAGUUAACAUGAUUCAUCCUGGAGCAUUCGAAAAGAUUAUUCGCCAAGGGACAGCACAAUGCAGUCGAUUCCUAGCCCAGGCGCAGUGGUUCCUAGCAAGCUCGACUUUUGGAGAGUGGAUAAGGUCCACUAAAUCAAGCACAAUACUGUUGAAGGGAGGGCAACCUACGAUGGAACGAUACUCUCCACUUACGUAUGUUUGUGCAAUGUUUGCGGAGCGAAUGAGUCAGGAAGAGUCUGUUCUUGUGCUUCCUGUCUUUUGUGGACUCGUAAAUUGGGAUGAAGACGAAUACAAUCCAGACGUCGCCAUAUUCGGAUUUAUGAUAAGACAAAUGCUUGCUAGGAGCAAGAUUGAACGGCUGUCGUCAGACAUGCAACGCCUCGUCCUGUCAUGCCUAGACAAAACAACUUUAAAUGGAAUGAAAAGAAAGUCUUCAGAGGCUUAUAAGAGAGCUUUUCGGAGGCUUAUAACCCAGAUACGAAAUGCAUUCUCUGAGAUCUUCAUAAUCCUUGACGGCAUCGAAUUUCUCGAGACGCGAGAUGACAUUGAUAUGCUCGCGAUAUAUGCUCUUUUUUCACAGGUCGUCGACAAUUUCCAAGAUACUCAAGGGUUUGAGGGUAUAUGGAGCCACAAAGGGCCUCCUACUGCUAUCAAAGUCCUUUACUGCGCGUCAACACGCACAAUCGGUUUCGAGUCUCCAGGACGGACAGCCAUGGUUCUUGAAUUGACAGGCAGAGUAGACGAAGAAUACAGCUAUUUUGGCGACGAAAGACAGGGAUUGGAUACUGUAGCCACUCGAACGGAGCUUAUCAAAAUGCUUGAAGCUAGUGAGGCUUUAGAGGAUAGUGACGGCAAUUAUUCGGAUUGAGAUUGAGAUUAAGAGAGGCACUCGGAAAGACCCGCUGAGGCUCCUGCGUUUGCGACAAUAUUGCGAUUUUUCACAUUUCCAAUCUCGAAUGUGGUAAGCUUGGUUUAUGUUAUGAGACUGCAGAGGCACUAUAACCAGAGUUGGUAAGACUUUACAGUUCUCAGUUCGAUGGCUUUGUGCUGUGCACCAGUAACCUCCAGUAAGCAGUAGGUGAGCCAAGGAUCGUGGACUGGCACUCCUCUGGAAAAUGCUCUAUAUUUUUAUUCAUAAAAAAUGCUUUAGGG